GACACCAGUUUCGUUAGCAGGAGGGAAUGUGAUAUGAUGGCAUCCAAGGGCAUGAAUUUGACCAGCCCGUUUUCGGGAAAGUUGGUGAAAAUGAACGAGAAAGAGCAGCUCCAUGGCUUGAACGAUCGUUUUGCUGGAUUCAUAGAGAAGGUGCGUCACCUGGAGCACCAGAAUCAUUUGCUGGAGAGAGAAAUCGAGGAAAUCAAAGAGAGAGCACAAUCCUCAUCUUCUUUGGAGCAGGAGUAUGGACCGGAGCUCGGGAAACUGAGGAAACUGAUUGAGGAGAUUACACAUCAGAAGCAUCAGAUCCAAAUCGACCACCAGAAUCUGGAGGAAGAGUUGUCCAACUUGAGAAAACGAUAUGAAAAAGAGGCGAGUAGCAGAUCACUUGCCGAGAGCAACAUCAUGGUGCUCAAGAAAGACAUCAACGACGCGUAUCAGGCUAAACUACAGCUGGACAAGAAAGCACAGUCUCUUGUGGACGAAAUCCACUUCCUAAAGAAAACCCAUCAGGAUGAGGUGUCAGAGAUGACUGCCCAAAUCCAGGAUGCGCAGGUAACUGUUAAGGCGCAAGAAUUUGGCAACCCUGAUCUCACUGCGGCACUUCGGGACAUUCGGGCACAGCUGGAAGGUCAUGCCGUGUCCGAUCUCCAGCAGGCAGGGGAAAGUUUUCGAUCUCAGUUUGCAAAAUUAACCGAGACCGCUGAGACCAAGAGAGAAGCGCUGAAAGUGACCCAGCAAGAGAUUCAGGAGUACAGAAGGCGCCUGCAGGCCAAGAGCAUCGAACUGGACUGCGCUAGGGGCACAAGGGAAGCGCUGGAAAAGCAACUUCGUGACGUCGAGGAUCGACACAAACAAGAAAUCAUUCAUUACCAGGACACUAUCAAACAACUGGAGAAUGAGCUUAUAAAUGCCAAAUUUGACAUGUCUGGUUAUCUGCGAGAGUACCAGGACCUGCUAAAUGUGAAGAUGGCUUUGGAUGUGGAGAUACUUUCUUACAGGAAACUCCUGGAGGGUGAAGAAACUCGCCUGUCCACUAUGUCAGAGACCCACAUGUCUAUGCCUUACAUCUACCGCCAGUCUCCUGUUUACACCCUGCCUUGUGUCAGCCGGCAGGGAGGUUCUGCCAGGAGAGCUGAGCCCCAGUACAAGUUUGUAGAAGAGAUAAUAACGGAGACCACUAGGGAAAUUGAGAUGUCAGAAUUCGAAGAGACAGGGUCUGAUGAGACAGUGGGGGGAGAAGGUGAACAGGCGUGUGUCAAAAGAGACAAAGGAAGCAGUGAAGAAGAGGAGGGUGCAGAUAAUAAAGACAUUCCAGAGGGAGAAGGUGAGCAGAUGUCUGAUGGUCAGCAGUAUCAGGUAGAACAGGAUGAAGAUGCAGUGCAGGGAGAUGAUGGUGGGAAUGCAGAGCGUUCUGGUGAGGUAGAAGAUGGCAGGGAAGGCGAAGAAUCAGAGGAGGCAGAGGCAGGUGACAGUAAAGAGGACACUGACACAGAUAAAAAUACUAAAAGUGAAGUCCAGAUAGAAGAGGUCAUUAACAAGGAGAAACACGGACAACAAGAUGGAGUAGCUGAGAACAGAAAAGAAGAGGGUGAACAUGUGGUUGAGAAAAAUGUGUCUUCAAAACCAGAGGUACUGCCAGAAGAAUCUGAUGGGGACAAAAAAGACAGUGAUUUAAAAGAGAGCAAGGGGGUUAAUUUAACAGCUGAUCUUACAUCAGAACAAGCAGAGAAGCCUGUAGAUGAGACCUCAGACAAGGACAAGGAGUCUAAAGAUUCAGAUAAAACUCAAGAGCUAAGCAGUGUUGUUAAAGUGCAGGAUGAGGCUCUCUCUUUGGCUCCUCAAACAGUUGAGAAAACCACUGAUUUGACCUCAGAGCUAAAGAGUAGUCUGCCCGUGGAGACAGAGAAGCCAUCAGAAAAAAAGGCUCCAGAAACUUCAAGCACAGCACCUAAGAAUGAAGAAAAGGAAGAUAGUCAUACAGAACAAAAGGUAACCAGCAAAACAGGAACUGAAAAAGAUACCACUGAGGAUAAAGUGCCAAAAACCAGCCAAAAUACACACAGUGACCACAAAGAAAAAGAUAAAGAAUUGCCCUUUGAUUCAAAUGUGAAAGAUAUUCCUAAGGUGGAGGAUAAAAAGCCAGACGCUGGGGAUAAAAUAAAAACAGUUGAAUCUCAGGUGCCGAAGGAAAAAAUAACUGAAGCUGCAGAAAGCAAAGACUUGCAACAGGGGGCACCAGAUAAACAAAUCCAGAAAUCUGAGUCAUCUGAGGGGUCCAGCAAAGUAAAGGUUAUUGAGAGUGGAUCUAAGCAGAUGGAGGAUGCAAAAAGCAAGGAUUCUGUAGGGGUUACUGAAAGCCAAACACAGGGAAGGUCUGAGGAGGCAGAGGUAGCAAAAAUUAAAACGUCAUUGCAGAAAGUUCAGGACAGUUCCACCCUGAUUUUGACAGAGAAGACAGCAGGUGGGCCAACCUCAGAGGUGGCACAACAAAAAAUUGAGAAUGGCUUAACUAACGGAGCUGGGGGGGUUAAAGAAGAGACAUCUGGCCUAAUAAAUGUGGAGGCACAAGCUAAGUCAGGCAAAGAGAUGAAAUCUGAAACUUAGAGUCCUAGACUGACUAGUUCCAGGCAACAGCAUGGU